AUCUUUUUUCGCUAUAAUUCCGAUUUACGUCGCACAGAUUCGUUGUGUUAUGUCUGCGUCGCUGCGGUAGUUUAAAAAAAACGCAAUCACAACGUUAUAAAUACCCAAGACCAUGGGUAAACAGAAAGUAAAGCCGUUCCAAUCAGCAGAGGAAGAUAAAAAAGAUGUGGGUCCGUUAAAAGAUAGAGGCUGCACCGAUAUAAUAUGCAUACUUAUAUUCAUAGUGUUCCUUGGUGGAAUGGGGGUGAUUGCUUAUUUUGCGUUCACGAUUGGGGAUCCCUGGAGAAUACUUAACGGAUAUGACAGCUUCGGUAACACGUGUGGAGUUAAAAAUGUCAAACCAGAUGGUGUCACUGCUAAACACUCUGGACUGGAUAUGACCGAAAAACCGUAUUUGAUGUAUUUUGAUCCCCGUGUUAUGCUGCCGGACUCUGUUACAGCUGUAAUUGGUUCUGACAAGACUGCUUUCUUAGAAACUACUAUGAUGCUGUGUGUAAAGAAGUGUCCGGUAGGCACUGUUUUGCCUAUAGAAACAAAUGGGGCCUACAAGAUGUGGGAAUAUUAUAAUUUACAAAAGAACGGAGAGGAUUAUUGUGAGUAUGGUUUCUGGGACAGUACCGAUAAGGAAAUUACCGAUUUAAAAACAGCAUUGGAAGGAUAUGCUAACAGUGCAUUAGCAGAGGCUCACACUAACGCUCCAGGAGAAACAGACAAUGAUUUUAUUACCAGUAAUGGUGCAUCUGGACCCUGCCCAGAAUUCAUCAUAGAAUCGACAGCAAUCAUGAACAGAUGUGUCCCUGGGUUUGAAAAACUAAAAGCUCUUGCCGGUGACGGAACUGAGGAGUUUGUUCAAACACUGGAAGAAAAAAUGAAUGCAUUGUUAGGGACUGACCUAUCAGCAUCAGAAAUAAUGCAGUACGCAAUGGCUGACGUCAUGAACUCGUACAGGGAAAUCGCAGUCAUGUGUGCUUCAUCCCUUAUCAUCUCUUUUAUCAUCAUCCUGCUUCUCGGCUGGAUUGCCCAAAUAAUGAUAUAUGCCAUAGCCAUACUUGCGGCCGUGGCCUGCAUCGCUGGACCCGCCUACUUCUGGUACGUUUGGUAUCAGGCUAAAGAAGCACUCGAUGCUGCAGAAAUCACGUUGCAGACUCAAGUGGACAAUGUGGAAACGCUCAUGAUUUAUGCAAUUAUCAUCACAGUUGUAUGUGUGGUUGUGUUGCUGCUCAUUAUAUUCCUGAGAUCACGUAUUGGGCUGAUGGUGACACUGUUCAAGGAAGCCGGUUUCAUGGUCAUGAGAAUGAUAACAAUCCUCUUCACUCCAAUAAUUUUGGCACUGUUUAUCCUAGCUUGGGCAGCCUUGUGGUCCUUUGUGUCAGGAUACAUCUACACUGCAGGAACUGCGCAGGAUCUCAACUUCACCAGGGAGUAUUCAUCAGCGGAUUCUCCCUUUGCCAAUGAAAACAUCACCAUGGUCAUCUACAAAGACCACGACUACAUAAUGUGGGUGUGGCUGUACCACUUGUUCGGAUUAUACUGGGGAACUGAAUUCUUCUUGGCGUGUCACGAAAUGGCCAUUGCCGGUGCUUUCUGUCAGUUCUACUGGACCCGGGACAAGAGGAAGGUUAGCUUCCCUGUGUUGCGUGGUAUUUGGUGGGUAUUCCGGUAUCAUCUGGGGACUGUUGCUUUUGGUUCCUGCAUCAUCGCUAUUAUCCAACUCAUCAGGACCAUCCUGGCUUACAUCCAAAACAAAACGAAAGACAGUCAAAGUGAGAUUGUAAAGUACCUGCUCAUGUGUCUGCAGUGCUGUCUCUGGUGCUUCGAGAAGGUCAUGAAAUUCAUCAACAGAAACGCUUAUAUCUAUACAGCGUUCAAGGGCUCCAACUUCUGCUCAUCGUGUAAGAAGGUGUUUGGACUACUCCUGUCCAACUUGGUGAGGGUCGGUGUCAUCAACUGUGUCGGCUCCUUCAUCCUCUUCAUCGGCAAGUUCCUUGUCGUCAUCGUUACUGGCAUGCUCGGUUACUUCAUGAUGAACAAUGACGAUGACAUUUACUACUGGGCUAUACCUGUCCUAAUAGCAGCUAUCUUUGCGUUUGCUGUUGCCCACACCUUCUUCUCAGUGUACGAGAUUGGUAUUGAUACCAUCUUCAUAUGCUUUGCUGAAGACGAGACUAUCAACGACGGUACACCAGGCAGAGAAUACUACAUGAGCAAGAACCUCAUGCAAUGGGUUGACAACAGUAGUGAGGCUCUUAAAAACAUGAGGAGAAAGAAGGGACAACAAAAGGCUCAGGCUAAGGCAGGGAAAUCUGGAGAAGUGGAAAUGAGUGAAAAAUAGGAAAUCCGCAGUGCAGUAGCAGAAGCAAUGGAGGACAUGUAAUGAGAGAUGCUGUACUGGUCGAUUUAAGUUGAAAUUAUUUGUGAUUCAGAACUUUCAGAAGUUGGCAUGCAUUGUUCGACUGGCUUUUAUUUUCAAGACUUGUUUUGAUAAUUGUUAAACUCAGCUUUUGUGAUAUCUAAAUAAUAUAUAAUGAUCAUAUAAGAUUAUGUUCAAUGUUAGCGUUGAGCUACUUUUUACCCUCCUAGAAAUUUGAGGAUCGAAUCCUUUGAUAAUUACGGUAUAUGAAUUUAAACAGAUCUCCAAUCUUUCGUAAAUUAUAUAUAUUGUCUGAUUCGGAAACUCGGAAUAAGUAAGCUGAAUUGUGUCAACUUAAAAGGCUCUGUUGCGUAAAUCUUUUCAAGAAUCCAAUAAAAGAUAAUGUUACUUUUUUAUUAAGACUAUUAAAUAAAAUUAGCGAUUUUUUUGCAACUAAAGGAGUGCCAUUUCCAAUUUCCAUUUUUAAUUUCAACAAAAUAAUUGUUAUGCUCUUUAAGUUUAUCACCCAUGUCGAAAUAACACGAUUUUAUAUUGCUGUGAUUAGAAAACUCUGUCAAAUUGUGCCUGGUAGAAUUCAACUGGUCGAUAAUUGUAACUGGAAUCUUUUAAUCACUCCUAUAAACUAUUUUACGGAUGUUAUAAUUUUCAAUUAUAACUUAUAUAUCAAACAUGAAGAUUGAAGCUAGAUGAUUUAUGAACGAUAAAAACUGAUUCAGUUUCUACCAAAUUUUUGACCAGUCGUUUUCUUCUGAUCAGUGCACAUCUGAUAUUGCUAGUUAAACUAAAUAAAGAGAUUUUAUGCAAGUGAAGAAGUACCAUCUUUAAUGUCAACAAAACAAUAAUUUUCAAAAAAACUUUACUUAAAAGGACUCAAUUUUUAUUUGCUGUUUGAAUGUUAUUCUUCUUUUCUCUGUCUAUGGCGAAGCAAAUAAAUGACUUAGAUUUAGUUUACCCUUUUGUAGUUGAUUUACUCCAAUUAUGUAGUUCAGAAGUUCGAU